AUGGAACACAAGCCGUUCUGGCUGUCAGCUGAAAUAAACAGUAUCGAAUGGCAAGAAGGAUGUCUGACGACUGUCCUCUGUUCUCAUCCCAGAUUUCAGGUAAGUAUCCUCAUAAUGGCUCCACUCAAAACCCCAUUUCAGCUGCUGAAAGAUCUUCUUCCCAUCUCUGAGAGGGUCUCGAUCAGUUGGCCAGUUACCGAGCAGUUUCUCGAGCACACAGUUGCUCCGUUCAUCACCUACUGGCCUGUCGGACGCAUAGAAGACGUUUCCCUGUCGGCGUCCGUCGUCGGAGUCGACACAACUUACGGUUUCCCGAGGACUUGCGACCAGACGCCGGCCGUUCGCAUCUUCCCAGAAGACAUCUACGAAUUGGCUCCGGACACGGCGGACAACAGAACGAUUCAUCUGAAAGCGAAAUGCUUCGAAGCGAUGAUCACAGUGACGAAGCAUCAGGAUCGGUGUCCCUGGUGUCCGGAUCCGAAGGACAUUCUCAUUUCGAAUGAGAUCCCUCAGCAGGUAACAGUUCCUUUAGAUAAUCUCUCAUGCGAGCCCGUUUCCUUUCAGAUGAACGUCCAGCAGUCUGCUCUCGAGUCGGGAAUCCAUUCGUUCGUCGGCAUGUUCUACAAGUCCUCCACGUCCGAAUCGCUCCAAGUCGGCAUUCUCCUUCUCGCCGCCCUCGCAUUCUUUGCCUCUCUCGCCUUCUCCAUCAUGCUCGUGAUUUUCUUGAAAGCAAAAAAGUGAGAAGAGUCUUCGAAAUGUUCGUAACAACGUUCAUUUUGCAGAUCGCCGAAAAGGAGUGUGAGUGUGAAUGUGCAGCCACGUCUCAUCCCGUGUAACAGCCGUUGCGAAGAUUAUGACACCAGGUAUGGGAAGGGGGAACACCUGCCAGAAGGAAUCUUAUCUUUCUGGCUGAACGAACUAAUUGGAACGGAAGACAGAUGUUGACUUAGGUGUGCUCCCCAGACAAGGCUAAUCUCGUAGUGCCCUGCCAAUUAGAGGAGACGUCAAUCAAACGACGAACAAUAGUUAUUUUGUUGCCGUUGCCCUCGUUUCGCAACCAGUUGAAUUUCGAAUUUGAUCCAAUGUUUGUCAUCACCAAGAGAUAAGAUUACCCAUUGACCUCGGGCACUUGUCCGUUCACAAAAACAUCUGUCCGUUGUGCUAUCCGUCUCAUCAGAGUCCCUUCCAGAUACGACAUGCCGUGGGACCAGCAGCACCGUCCGCUCACCUACUGGAUGUCCAAAUCUACAGUCACCUCGCCAACUUCUCUCCGUUGCUCGGACGGCUAUCAAACCUACCGUAUCCCUCCGCCGCCCAACUUUUCUCCACCUGUCUAA